AUGUCGUACUACAGAGACACCGAGUCCAGGUCCGACCCCCGCGGCCCCGGCCUCGCCGCGCACCCCAACGCAAGAUCCGGCAAGAUGAAAGUCAUCGUGAACGACAGGCUCGCCGACGGGCGCAUAAAGCGAUACACCCUGGACCCGAACGAUCCGGACUCCUGGAACAGACACUGGAGGGGAGAGUACAUCCCGACUGCAGGGAAGAAGAGGUAUUACAAGGGCCAGAAAGAGGACUUCACCAGAUACGUCGAUCCGGCGAAUUACACCAAUUUCAAGUCACCGCCUGAGUUGCCGAUGCCGGUGUACGUUCCUGUCAGUUUCACCGAGAGAUACAAGGUCAUUAUUGCGUGGGCGGCUUUGGCCUUGAUUGUGUCGUUGUUCUUGGGAGUGGUGGUGCAGCUGAAAGAGCAUCCUCGCAGUCCUGGAGAAGCGGCUCGUUCUAAUGUGGCGCAAUGGGUGUGGGGGAUUAACGAGUAUCUGAGGAGUUUGUUUUCGAGGACAGGGUAG